AUGCUUAUAGCUUACCUAAAAUUACAACCUGCUGCUUUAAAUAUUGUUCAGAAGGUGAUUUCAAAUUUUCUAUUGGAUGACGAAAAUGAUGCACAAAUAAAAGAUGAAGCACUUCGAGAAAUUCCAAAUCUUUUGAUAACGGAAUGUGCUAAUCAGAAUUGGAAGCCUUUGAUUAGCUGUUUAGCCGAAAUGAUGCAUUCGAUUUCAUCGGAAAAACACGAAAAAAUCAUCCGUUUAUUAGCUCAUUUCAAUGUGUACUUAGGUACGGAGAAAUUGCAGAAAAUUUUGUCAGAAUUAACAACAAAACAGUAUGAAAUAUGCAAGAAAUAUGAACAAAUGAUUUUUGAAACAGGCCAAACGAUGAAAGAAUGUCUCAAGAAUAAGGAUAAAAUUUCACCAUCAAUUGAUGUUGAAAAAGAAUUACGAUAUCGAUUUGGUAUCAUUCCAAUAGUGACCAGUAAUAUGCUCAGUAACGACACUGAUCCAACAACACGAAUU